CAGUACAGUACAAGGUCCACUGUUGUGGCAGGAACGGUUCAGGGGUAUUCAAAGAAAGAUGGCGACUCGAGUCCUUCAGAGCGUGGGGAAUGGCCUGAGUCAGGCACGAAACAGGGUGCGAGCGGACGGACAGGUCAUCGUCGCCGUCAGGGGGCUGUCCGCAUCUAAUAAUAGAAAUCGAGAGGAUAGCUGGUUCAAGUCGCUCUUCGUCCGGAAAGUCGACCCCAGGAAGGACGCGCAUUCUCACCUGCUCGCCAAAAAAGAAGAUAGCAACUUGUACAAAAUCCAGUUUCACAAUGUAAAGCCGGAUUGCCUGGAUGCCUACAACAAACUUUGUGAGGAUGUGCUGCCUGCGAUUCACGCCGACCCGCACUACCCCUGCGAGCUGGUGGGCACCUGGAACACCUGGUACGGAGAGCAGGACCAGGCAGUUCAUCUGUGGCGGUAUCGGGGAGGCUACCCAGCGCUGACUGAAGUCAUGAACAAGCUUCGGCAGAACAAGGAGUUCAUGGACUACCGGAAGGAGAGGGGCCAGAUGCUGCUGUCCCGUAGGAACCAGCUCCUGCUGGAGUUCAGCUUCUGGAAUGAGCCCGUCCCCCGAGCCGGACCCAACAUCUACGAACUGCGGUCCUACCAGCUGAGGCCUGGGACCAUGAUUGAGUGGGGAAAUUACUGGGCUCGGGCUAUUCGGUACCGGCAGCAGAACCAGGAGGCGGUGGGCGGGUUCUUCUCCCAGAUCGGGAGCCUGUACAUGGUGCACCAUCUCUGGGCUUACAAAGACCUGCAGUCCAGAGAGGACACGAGGAACGCUGCCUGGCAACAUGAAGGCUGGGAUGAGGUCGUAUAUUACACAGUUCCUCUCAUUCAGCACAUGGAAUCCAGGAUCAUGAUUCCUCUGAAGAGCUCGCCACUGAAGUAGAGGGAGGAGGAGACCAGGCAGAUUCCACAGGCAGUACUAAUCAAUCCAGAUGUAACCGCUGUUUGGCACUGCCUUUAAAUGAUGCCAGCCACUUCUGCUGAUCACUGAUUUUUUUUUUUUUUUUUUGCUUUUUGUUUUUUUUGGUUAUGGUUGUUGAUCUUUUUUUUUUCUUUUCUUUUUUUGGUGAAACUCGAUUAAAACUAUUUCUCACUCAGCUCCUUAACCGACAAACAGCCACCUUGUACUUGUAAAAAUUGCCGCCAAAACUGAGCGACCCACGCGAGCUGUGCUCACAGAGAGAGAGAGAGAGAGAUGAAAAAGGGAAAAACAGAGAGACCAGAAUGACACGGAGAUGGAAGAAUGAAGGGGGGGGGGGCUUGGAAUCCUGUAGCUUUGGAAAUGCUAGCGAGGAACUGAACUGGAGCCUCUGGAAUUUGGGGGGGGGGGGGGGGCAGCUUGGUCCGUUCCAGCGUGCAGUUUGGAGCUCCAGUUCCAGGCUUUGCACAGGUCCAGCUGGCACCUGUAUCUAUCCUUUCUUAUAAAAAAUAAAUAAAUAAAAUCUAGACCUGAAACUCUGGCCGCCCACCAGAGACGAUGGGCUGGCAGCUUGUAUUUGUUUUACGGACGCCUUUGUCAGCUGGUAACCCAGCGAUAAUUUCAGCCGCUGGGAGUCUUAUCUAUGGGACAUAUUAGCUACGUGAUAAUAUCAGGUUUGGUCUUAAUGUUUGAAUUACAGACUCGUCAGUGCUACUGUAAGCCUAUAAUAAUUUUUAAAAAGACUAUUUUCUGUGGAAAGAGAAAAGAUUCUUAAUAUGCGUUGCAUGCAAAGGCAAUGACUUAUUUAUUUAUUUAUAAAAGAUUGUCAUUAUCAAGCUGAUCACCAGAUGGUCACAAAGCUAAUUUCUUGUCAUUUGCACUGCAGGUGUGAUAUAAGUGCUCAGUUAAAUUGUAUACUCUGAGUUGCUGCAGCGCCACCCGCUGGUUGAAAGGACAUCGUUACAACGGAAGCUUUGGGGAAAUGUCAUUAAUUGCCACGCUGCCAGAUCCUGGCAGUUAUUUCUCCCACAAUGCCUCAGUUUUGGCACAUGUUGCCAUGGCGUAAUGGUCUAAUACGGCCUGGCUAAUUUAUUUCAUUUUGGCGGCUUUUAAGGGAAUUUAACAGUACACUCCGUAGCCUCCAGGAACUCAGGUUUUUCGGCCUACAUCGAUGGCGUUCACUCUCGCCCUUGGAGAGCCUGUUGGUUUUUGCUUUCACCUUGAAAUCCACCACCAAUCCAGAGCCAGGAAACUCGGUGAAGCGAGCAUGUAAACUAUAUCCUUUAAUCAAGUGCCGAGUAGCAGCGAAAGACUGCACUGGCCUUAGCUCUCCAUGGGCGACAGUGGACAGCACCGAACUGACCGAUAUCCGAUUGAAAGGUCUCCCGACUGUACGCCCCGAGCACACGACGGUCUUGCGUUAGAGAGCCCACUCCUGGAGAGCUGUCGUGUGGCUGGUUUUUUUUUGCCGUCGCCUUAAAAAUUGGCAAUCAGUUAAGACCCAAGAAACAGGGCCAUAUGAGUUAUGUUAUUCAGCAGUUAAGUUCUGAGUAACAGUGAAACCCUAUAGCUCUCCAGGGUUUGUGGGCACCUGUCCUGAGUGCUAACAGAACAUCGUAAGCCACUGCCUUUGGUGUAAUCCUAGUGAAGGGUGGGCCGGAACUCGCAGUGCAGAAAAAGGCACGGGGACAACUUUUCAUUCAGUUGGUUGUCUUUGAUUUUGUUUGACUUGCCCUUGUGAAGAGAGAGCGGUUUUCUCUAAAAAACAAAAACGGGAUCUCGAACGUCAGUCCCCAUAGGGCCACACUGUCUGCUGGGUUUUUGGUGUGUUUCUGUGUUGAGUGUGCAAGCCAUUGAUUGGCUACACACACCAUGUUACCAAGAAGUGAUGGGUGAGAGGUUUCAUGAAACAUAUAAAGGGGCGGAGCUAUAAUGAGGUGUCAGCCCCUUUAUUUUUUUAACCAAUCAAAAGGGUUUCAUUAUUGGUUCAAUGUGCUGAGUAAUUUCCAGCAUAUGAUUACUGAUGACAUCUCAUUCUUCCAUCACUGCUUCCAAGGCCUAAGAUGGCUGCUGAGUUUAACAUGCAGACACUGCGGCCCUCCAGGACUGGAGGUAAACCUGCAGGCACAGCGCCCCCUCCAGGACUGGAGUUGAACCUGCAGGCACUGCGGGACUCCAGGACUGGAGGGUUUGAGAUCCUUUCCUCUACAAUGAGGUCCUGCUUCAGAAAGAGAAUUUUUAAAAGUACUUGUACAGUGUUUGUAGGUCCCUCAUCUGGAAAUAAGUACACUUCAUAAGAAGGGGCAGUGAACAGACACUCCAGGAAACAGCUCCUGUAGUACAAACGGAAACUGUAUUAAAUCUUUUAUUUGUGGGAAAUUAACGCAUGACUGUAUUUUCUUUUUCCCGUCCAGCGAUGGCUGGGGUACUAAAACAUUAUUUGAGAUUUCAUUUGAUGGGAAUUGUUUUUCAUAAAAUCUGUGUACAGUCCCCCCUCCCUCAAUGAGUUUUUAGUUAACGUUGGUGUUUAAAAACUUAUCCCGACUGAAACGGCCAUUUUCUUUUCCUGUACCGUCUGCAGCCCAGGCUCAAUACUGUUUCAUUUGUUGCUGAAUCAUACUGUAUCUGAAGUCGAUCAUCAGCAUCACGCUUCUUUAAAAUGAUAAUGUUAAUGUUAGUGGUGGCAUGCCUAGUCUUCAGUUCUUCAUUUUUCAAAGGACAGCGUCUGGAAAGCUGAGUGAUGUGAACUCAACAGCCCAUAAAUAAAAAGAGAUUUAAAAUA